GACAAGUCCUCUUGACCACUGGCGGACUUGUUGUUGGUCUGCACUGUGCAGUUGUUCUUCAGCCUAGCGAAACGUGAGGAAUUCAUUGUUUUCUGAUCUGGAAUCUCUUGUGCCUGGGAUUGGUCGUACAUGAAAUCCAACCUACCUCCCACCUUCCCACACGCAUAUUCAAACUCAAACGCAAACGCAAACGCAAACUCACACCCUUCAAAGGCAUCCAUACAAUCGCACCAAGUUGCAACUCGAGGAAGAGUCAAGGAGUUUCUAGGCCAACGACAGCUACGACAACGAUUGGCCUUUGCUUGCUCGUCCUCCCCAUUCCAUCCAGGACAGUCAGACGAACGCAACGAGCGCACAAGGCUUUCAGUAACAAGGUACGCUAAAGAGGCACCCAUCGAUUUCCAUAUCCAUACCUGCAGCCUCCUCAUCCCAUCCUUAUUAUCACUCACAAUCGGACGGAGCUUUUCAAAAGCUCGGCCUCUUCAACUUUAAACCAUCCCCCACGUUCAACACAAACACAAAUACAAAUACAAAUACAAAUUACAAUACUUAUAAGUUCUACACAUUAGGCGGUGCGGCUUCGUCUGCCAUAUUGUAUCGGUGAGGUAAAAUGCCUUGCUUCAAAGGUAUUGCUGUCAGUGUCCAUGCUGAAGGAUCACCGCUCCCUGAAUAUGGCGUAACUCGACAAUCAAGAUUCAGUCGUAUUAACACUUACAUCCCCGUCCCUCAACCCAAAAUCCCCCGCGAUUCGACCACCAAUAAACCUGAAGCCGCAAAGUUUGCUAUCUCAAUUACGCUGUUAACUCCAGGUCUUCCUAUCCCUUACAGUACACCGAAAGCAACGCCCGCGAACCCUUAUCCUCAGCCUCAAACUGUCACUGGUUUGCCUGGCUUUGGAGAGAAAACCAAUUUCGCUGGUCAUGUCGGCCCAUAUAUACCAAUCACCAAGUCAGAAAAUGAAACAAUCGCUGCAUAUAUUUAUUUCGAUGGCAGACCAAAGGAAGAAGUGGCCACUCUUCUACGACCAAGCGAAGAGACAUGGGUAAAUUCUCGAUGGGUUCAGGUUCCGGAUUCUGAAGGAGGAGGGUUGGCUGAGCGAGAGUUCUUGUUCCGCGAGGUUGGCCUAGAGCGAUGGUUGAACGGACUUGAUCUUGACGGACAAGAUGCUGCUGCAAGAAUCGAAAAGCGUCGACAAAAGUUCGAGAAGCGUCGUAGGCGCAGAAAGGAGGAAAUUGGCAGUGAUGAUGAACUCGCAGACAUGAUGACACCAAGAAAAAGAUCCACAGCACGAGAGGUUCUACGAUACGGGGCAGAUGACCAAUCGCCGGUCGAGACCGUUUCAGAUGACGAAAGUUUCAGCUCAGACUCGGACGAUGAUGAUGCUCUACCGGAAGCUGCAGGACAAAUCAAGGUUGCUAUGUUUCGGGUACUCGCAUCUGGAGAGAUCAAACGCGGCGAAUACUCUCCACAAUUUGAUGCUCACGACGAUGAUGAGGAAGGAGAGAAAGGCAACGGAGAAGGAGGGGAGGGAGAUGUUGAUCACACCACAAGUUUUGCAAAGCCCAAGACUUUGGAUCCAAAAUCUAUUAGCACACAAACUGUCACUGGAAUAGAUGGGCCUGAUAAGCCUUUCGCGGUCUUUACAUUCUUCUAUCGAGGUCAACGUCAAUUGCAAAAGAUGGGCAUUCUGCCAAAUUCAAAGCAGGAAAAGAUAAACAGUAGUGCUGCGAAACGAAGGUCAACACAGUUCGACUUCGGAAAUAUUAACAAAUUGAGUAAUACUGGAACUGUUGGAUUUUCCGCCUUCAGAGAUAACGACACCUCCGCAAAGCGCAGCAAAUCUAAAAAGAAGAGUAAUGGAAAUGCCGGCAUGAUGGAAGACAGCGAUGAUGACGAUGAUGAUGAUAACGGAGUAAAGAUGGAAGAAGUGGAUGAUAAGGAUGAUCCAAAUAAGACUUUGAGUACAGAAGAUGCAAAGUUCCAAGGAGAACUAGCGGAUGGGGUUGGACGAAUCAAGUUAAAACGCCAAUAUUCCGCUGGAAAUUUGAACAACAACUUGGGCAGAUCUCCUAACUCAGCCAGCAAUACAUCUGGCAAUGCUACUCCCGCUACGGAUGGAGACAACAACAGUUUAACUUUACCAAACAAUGUAUUCGGGAAGAGUCUUGCAGACGACAACUUUGUUGGUAGUCCUAUGAAGAAGCACAGAGCCAGCCUCCUCGGUGACGAGUCUCUGGGCAAACGAAUAGCAGGAUUUUCAAAUAAUCUUGGCAUUGUAGCAGCAGCCGAAGCUGCGCAGACUCCCCUCCCAGAGCCAGCAAUGAAAGAUGUCGACGAAGAAGAGUUAUGAUGGUUAGGGGCCAUAUAGGAUGGAACACUAAAGAUUUUGAUAUAGACAUCGUGGCAUGGCUAUUUUCACGCUAAUGGGUGUCUCAUCUAUCUCUCAAUCUAUUUGAUGGAUUGGAAAGCGAAAACAGGCAUGGCAUGACACGCAGCGAGUGAUAUUUGGUUGGUUGGUUGAUUUGUGAAAGGGGUGGCAGGCUUAUCAUAUCAUAUCAUAUCAACAGUAUGAUUUUUAUACCUGUUAUCCUGAGUCUUCACACGGGAUACCUUGUUUUAUGGAUUGACUGAUUGUUUGCAUACAUCAUAGUAUGUCUUGUAAAAGAUCUCUUUUAAUACCCUGAGCGCCUGCUGCACUAUGGUUUCAUGGCUGGCUUCAGAGCUGAGCGGUGGGUGUUACCUUGGUAAGAACUGCUUUCUUCACUUGACUGCCUCAUGACGGACAGAGAUUAGGUCCGUUUUUACGUCUUCUCGUAUGGGAUGAGUGGUUGGUCAUGCAUACAAACAGACAGAAAACAAAUGAGAUGAAUAAUAUCAACAAAUAAAUUAUGUGGUCA